GGUGCCAACUCCAAAAAUAAUUAUUCCAAAAUCAUUCCGUUUCCCAGACAAAGCCAUCUCAACCCCCAUACCCAUUCCAAGAAACAUGACCAAAUUAAUCGUCAUCAUUGGUGUGACUGGCAAUCAAGGGAAUUCUGUGGCCCAAAGGUUUCUUCAGGACUCCAACUACAAAGUCCGCGGUAUAACACGAAAUACUACAUCUGCCCAAGCUCAAUCGCUCUCCGCGCAAGGCGUUGAGAUCGUGGAAGCGGACUUAGAUGAUGUAAACUCUUUGAUCUCUGCAUUUCAGGGCGCGCACCUUAUUUUUAGCGUCACAAACUACUGGGAACCUUUCUUCCGUCCCGAUUGUCGUCAAAAAGCUCAGGAGCUUGGAAUCUCGUGCCGGAAAUAUGCUUACGAUGUUGAGUAUCGACAAGGAAAGAAUAUCGCUGAUGCCGCUGCUCACUCAAGUGUCGUUUCAGGACUUGACGCAAAUGGGUUCAUUGCAAGUACGUUAAGUCAUGCUGGGAAAUCUAGUAAAGGAAAGUUUACGGGAGUGUAUCAUCAUGAUUCAAAGGCUGAUAUCUUCCCUUAUUAUGUGAGGGAGAGAUAUGGAGGCGAAGGGGAAUUGGCUGUAAAAAUGAGUUGUGUUAUGACGGGCUACUUUACUAGUAGUUAUAAAUUGGCCAUGAAAAGUUUUUUGGGGAAGCAACCCGACGGAACCUUCCAAAUGAGUUUCCCAACAACACCGGAUAAAGCGGUUCCUCACAUUGCCAUAAACAGUGAUCUUGGUUCUUUUGUUUAUGCCGUUUCGCAACUUCCACCUGGUAAAAGCUACAUGGCAUGUGGUAGUAAUUGUUCCUGGAGCGAGUAUAUUCGUCUGUGGAGUGAAACGACUGGAAAGGUUGCGACAUAUAGACAAUGUACAGAAGAUGAGUUUGUAGGACGAGAACAAGAUAAAGCUUUCGGAGAGGAAUUGUAUGCUAUGUUUGCUUAUUCUAGCGACCCGGGAUAUGAUGGAGGUGAUAAGACAUUGUGGAUGAAGGAGGAUAUUGAGAAGGCUGGGGUGAAAUGCCCUAUGACUACUUUGGAAGAGUGGAUGAAAAAUGAGGACUGGACUGCUGUGUUCGAGCAGUAACUGAGGCUCAAAACGUUUCUGGCGAUUGGCCGGAGAUCGCGCAGAUGGGACAAAAAGCGAAUAAGAUCAACAAUACGGCAAAUGACUUCAAUAUUGAGGAAAAUACAAGGGAGAUACAUCAGAAGUAGCUCUAGAGCGACAAAGCAAGCGCUGCCAGAAUGUUCAAUAGUCUGUCUGGACUGCAAUCCAAAAACCAAAAAUCUACAGAUGUCUAGUUCUUUCUGAUUCUUACAUUAUUUGAAAUGAUGAAAUCAUGAAAUUAACAAUGGUAUCUUCAAAACCUCAAAUUAGAUUUUUACAUUGAAUUCUAGCUGAUCAUUGCA